CCUUGUAUGAACAGUGACGUCACGGCAUCAGGCCAGAGCAUCGCGAAAAAUCUGCAUCCUCCCGCCUUCUCAUUGGUCCACCGAGGCGGCGCCAGGUCAUGUGACCGAGCCACACCACCGCAGCCAAUGGCGCGGCCCGCGCGGCUGACCCACUGCCUCGCAUACUGACACAACCCCCCCAGCGCCUCCCCCCACAUUCUGUCUUGUUGUUGUCGUCGUCGUCGCCGCAGCGGAGCCUUCUUCUCCGCCGCCAUGCCGCUCGACAAACCCUCUCUCCUGGGCGAGGACGGCGACAGCGACGGGCGGCGGCCCAGAGCCUGGCCCGCCUCGACGCUCUCGCCUCCGCCGGCCCUGAGUCGCUCGUACGCGGCCAGGAGGAGUCUGGCGGCGGCGGCGGUGGGGGGUAGGAAGAUAACGCAUCCCGGCAAGGCUAUCUUAGCAGGUGGGAUCGCGGGCGGAAUCGAGAUUUGCAUCACCUUCCCGACGGAGUACGUUAAGACUCAACUGCAGCUCGACGAGCGAGCCAACCCGCCGCGCUACCGGGGCAUCGGUGACUGCGUGAAACUGACCGUGCAGGAUCACGGACUGCGAGGCCUGUACCGAGGACUCAGCUCGCUGCUCUACGGCUCCAUCCCCAAGUCGGCAGUCAGAUUUGGCACCUUCGAGAUCCUCAGCAACCCGAUGCGAGAUGCCACGGGCCGACUGGACAACACGCGGAGCCUCCUGUGUGGCUUGGGGGCAGGUAUUACCGAGGCUAUCGUCAUUGUGUGUCCCAUGGAGACGCUCAAGGUGAAAAUGAUUCACGACCAGUGCUCGCUGAGGCCUCGCUACCGAGGUUUCUUUCACGGCGUCAGCGAGAUCAUCAGAGAACAAGGUGUCCGGGGGACCUAUCAAGGUCUGACGGCGACCGUGCUUAAGCAGGGAACCAAUCAGGCCAUCCGGUUUUACGUGAUGAAUGCGCUACGUAAUUGGUACAAAGGUGACGAUCCCAGAAAGGAAAUGCACCCAAUCGUCACGGCCAUGUUCGGAGCCACGGCGGGGGCCGCCAGCGUCUUCGGCAACACGCCUCUUGAUGUGGUUAAGACCAGAAUGCAGGGUCUGGAUGCCCAUCGCUACAAGAACACGGCGGACUGCGCCUUCCGGAUCCUCAAGCAGGAAGGACCGCAGGCGUUCUACAAGGGGACCGUUCCCCGGCUGGGCCGCGUGUGCUUGGAUGUGGCUAUCGUCUUUGUCAUCUACGAGGAGGUGGUCAAGUUGCUCAACAACGUCUGGAAGACCCAAUAGGGGGACCAGUGAGGACUCCCAUAAAACAAGACGGGCAAGGCCUUCCGGAAACCACCGGAUCAGACAUUUCCAUGUGGGAUUUUUGGAGCUUGGAGGACUGACUGAUGAAGAGCAACAAAGGGUGG